AUGUGGGUUUGUGUUUCUGAUCCUUUUGAUCAAUGCAAGGUUGCCAAAGCAAUCAUUCAGGAGCUUGACCCUAAACAUGAAUCCCUUAAUAAUACUACUUCUACAUUGCAAGCUCUAUUGCGUAUAGUUUGUGAUUUGAUUAGGGACAAGAAUAUAGUUUGUGAUUUGAUUAGGGACAAGAAGUACUUUCUUGUCUUUGAUGAUGUGUGGGCCAAAGACUCCACAAAAGAGUCUGAAAAGUGGGAGCCUUUCAAAAAUGCUCUCACAUGUGGUGCCCAAGGUAGUAGAAUUCUAAUCACCACACAUAAUGAGGUAGUUGCGCACAUGAUGGGGAGUGCCAAAAUCGACAUAAUCAAUUUAGGGAAUUUGUCAGCCGAGCAUUGCUGGUUGAUUAUUAGGAAAAAAGCAUUUUUUGAUGAUAAUAUAGAUCAACAUAAAGAUCUUGAACCUUAG